AUGGUGUCUCUGACCGACUUCCAGCGGAUCGGCGUGGGACUGGUUGGCUUUGGCCUCUUCUUCAUCCUUUUUGGGAUGCUCCUGUACUUCGACUCGGUGCUCCUGGCCUUUGGGAACAUCCUCUUCCUCUCCGGCUUGGUCUUCAUCAUCGGCUUCAGGAGGACAUUCACCUUCUUCUUCCAGCGGCCAAAGCUGAAGGGCACCAGCUUCUUCUUUGGGGGGGUCCUCAUCGUCCUGAUGCGGUGGCCGCUCCUGGGCAUGCUGCUGGAGGCCUACGGCUUCAUCACCCUCUUCAGGAGUUUCUUCCCGGUGGCUUUUGGGUUUUUGGGCUCUCUGAUUAACAUCCCGGUGCUGAGCAAGCUCUUGCAGAAGGUGGGAGACAGCAGCUCCAUGGUGUGA